AUGCCAAAUCUCAACUACAACCCCGAAACAGAAAUCCCGGAUCUCUCGGGAAAAACGAUCUUCAUCACAGGAGGAACAAAUGGACUGGGUGCUGAAUCGGCCCUUCAUCUGGCCCAGCAUAAUGCUGCACACAUCUAUAUCAGCGGGAGAAACGCCAAGAGCGCCGACAGGGUCAUCCAGCGAAUCCGCGAGAGUGGUUCAAGCACCGAAAUCACCUUCAUAGAAUGCGAUCUAGCUUCUCUAUCAUCCGUCAAGAAGACAAGCGAGACAUUCGUAUCGCAGACAUCUCGCCUGAGACAUCCUGCUCUGCAACGCUGGAAUUAUGGCCUCGCCACCCUCUUUGACAACAGACGGGACUCAUGCUCCACCCAAGCGGAGGGGAUCAUCUUUGACAAGUUGAAAACAGUCCAAGAUGAUUUCUUUGUUGGGGGGUCAUGGCGUCGAUAUGGGCAAAGCAAACUUGCUAACCUCCUCUAUGCGCGAGAACUCGCCCGUCGGUACCCUGGUAUUAUCUCCGCAUCAAUUCACCCCGGUGUCGUGUCGACGGGACUGGUUGGAAAUCAGAAAUUCUUAGACCGCGCUCUGAUUUAUGUCACGACCAUCGGGAAAAUGUUAAAGCCCGAGGAAGGGGCGUACAAUCAAGUUUGGGCUGCAACGACUGCGAAGGGAAAUAUUGAGAAUGGUGCGUUUUAUGAGCCGGUAGGGAAAUCUGCGCAUUAUAAACUGGGCAAGACGGCAAAGGAUGAUCAGUUGGCGGAGCGGUUGUGGGAGUGGACUCAAGAGGCCCUUGAGGAGUUUUAA